AGUUACAAGGGUUUGAAAUUUUUCAACAUGCAUUUGAUUACUAAUUGACAUAAUAUUUUCGAACAUUGAUUAAUGUGUAGUAUAAUGCUAUUUUAUAUAGUAUAUUUUUCUUAUUUAUUUUCGAAUUUUAUUUUUUAUUUAUUAAGUAUGAAUAACUCUAGAAUUUGCAAUUGCAAGAAAAAUAAAUAAUAAGAGGCACAUUGGAGAGUAAUAAAUCACAAGUUUUUGCCAAGAAAUAUUAAUGUUUUUAUGUGUUAAUAUUAUUACUCUCAUAUCAAUAAUAAUAAAUUGGGAAAUAUUUAUUAAAUAAAAGUGUGCGAAAAUUAUAUUGUUUAAAAAAAAGGAAAUAUCAAAUAGUAAGACAUUAACAGCAAAUAUAUUCAAAAAGGGGAAAAUUUUAAUAGUGUAAAACGCUCUCACUAGUGAAGAUGGAUCCUUUGAAUUUCAAUGGAGAAUUCUAAUAUGAAUCUCUCGACGCCAUCUUCGAUCUCUGCGCCGCCGCAGACGGCGGCGGCGUCGGGCACUUCUUGGUUUUCCGGCAUUGUCCGCAGCCGCUCCACCUCCGCCAAGGCGCCCAACAACAUCUCAGCCGCCGCUGGCGACGGCGCCGGAGGUGGAGAAGGACCCAUCAACAAGAAGCGUCAAUUUCGCGGGGUGAUGUUCAAGUACGGGACAGAACCAAUUCAGGUUGCUUUCAAAACAGGUGACUACAAACAGCAAGUUAUUUUUAUUGGUGGGCUGACCGAUGGGUUUUUGGCUACCGAAUAUUUGGAGCCUUUGGCAAUUGCAUUGGAGAAAGAGCGCUGGUCACUGGUUCAAUUUCUGUUCUCGUCUUCAUACAGUGGAUAUGGCAUCUCAAGCUUGAAGCGAGAUGCCAAGGAGCUCGAUCAAUUGAUUAGUUAUCUGAUAAAUAAGGAAGAUUCAGAAGGUGUGGUGCUACUUGGACACAGUACUGGAUGCCAGGAUAUUGUAUAUUACUUGCGAACUAAUGCAGCAUGUUCGAGGGCAGUUCGUGCAGCCAUUUUACAGGCUCCAGCUAGUGACCGUGAAUAUAGAGCCACUCUCCCGGAAACUGCCUCCAUGAUUGAUUUAGCUUCAACGAUGAUAAAUGAAGGCCGAGGAUCAGAAUUGAUGCCAAGGGAAGCCAAUCCAGAUUCUCCCAUUACUGCCUACAGAUUUCAUUCUCUCUGUGCAUACAAUGGAGAUGACGACAUGUUCAGCUCCGACUUUAGUGAAGACCAGCUGAGGCAGAAACUUGGCCACAUGUCCAACACGCCUACCCUGGUCAUGUUUUCCAUGGGAGACGAGUACGUGCCAGAAUACGUUGACAAGAAAUCUCUCGUUGACAGGUUGUGUACAGCAAUGGGCGGUGCAGAGAAGGCUGAGAUCGAGUAUGGAAACCACUCGCUCUCCAACAGAACCGAGGAGGCCGUCCAAGCCAUUAUCGAGUUCAUCAAGAGGGACGGCCCUAAAGGAUGGGACGACCCGUGGAACUAGCGCGUCGCCUUCCAACCAGGCGCGUUUUUCGGCCUCCAUCUUCAGGUUCUUACAUAUUUUAGAUAGGGCAAAAGGGGCAAUCCCUUCACUAUCCUCUCAUCCUUCCAUAUUUUACCAAAAAUGAAGAAGAAAAAGAAUAUAAUGUUUGUCUGUACAUUAAGAAUUCCAAGAAUUAGAGUAUUUACUAUAUUUCCCCCCUUCUUUUAGCAGAAAUGAUGAGAUAAUAUAUAGUAGUAUUUGAUUGUUUAA